AUGCCCUACCCCAGGGUACCGGUGUCCUACUAUCCAGGUCUGGCCAGUCCCUUUUUGAACCCAGAGCUGCCUCCACUUUUACAACCUUUGACCGCACAGUCGUUGUUGGGAAUCUUGCCUUCUUACUCCUUGAUGCCCCCGCCAGAAGCCCAGCUGGCUUUGGACAUUGCCACGGCAACGCAGCAAGAUGAGGAUGGAGACACGCCACUCCACAUUGCUGUAGCUCAGGGGAAUCUGCUGGCUGCUCAGCAUUUAGUGAUCCUCUUCCAACACGGACAGCGGGACCUGGAUAUCUUCAACAACCUACGGCAGACCCCGUUACACUUGGCGGUCAUCAUAGCUCAGCCUUCCCUGGUGAAGCUUUUACUGUCCCACGGAGCAUCACCCAUGGUGCUGGACCGGAACGGACAAACUGCUCUGCAUCUGGCUUGUGAACACGGCAGCCUCCGUUGCCUGCGGGAGUUGUUGGAGGGAAGUCCCGCCGGACUGGAUCUGGAGGCCCGGAACUUCGAGGGUUUUACCCCGCUGCAUUUAGCGGUUGGAUCCUCUAACUCUGACAUGGUUCUUGCUUUGCUGGAUCAUGGAGCAGAUGUAGAUGCUGUGGACAUAAAGAGUGGCAGAUCUCCACUACUUCAUGCUGUGGAGAACAAUAAUUUGGAUAUGGUGGAGUUGCUACUACAGCACGGUGCCAAUGUAAACGCCCAAUCCUACGGAGGCAAUACGGCGCUCCACACAGCCAGUGGAAGGGGCCUGUUGGACAUGCUGCGGCUUCUGGUGAGGAACGGGGCAGACGGAGGCCUGAAAAAUUACCACAACGACACUGCCCUGAUGGUAGCCAGGAACAAAAGGGCGAUCGACAUCCUGAGGGGAAAGGCUGCCCGGCCUAUUCCGCACCCCGAAAGCAGCCAUGAUGGAUCGUCCCCCACAAUCAGCGCUGCUAGCUCUCCUGGCGUUCGGACCCACCCCCGUGAGUAA